AUGGAGUUCCCGGAGCACGGCGCGCGGCUGCUGGGCCGCCUGCGGCAGCAGCGCGAGCAGGGCUUCCUGUGCGACUGCACGGUGCUGGUGGGCGCCGCGCGCUUCCCGGCCCACCGCGCCGUGCUGGCCGCCUGCAGCGUCUACUUCCAUCUCUUCUACAGGGACCGGCCCGCGGGCAGCCGCGACGCGGUGCGGCUCAACGGCGACGUGGUCACGGCGCCCGCCUUCGGCCGCCUGCUGGACUUCAUGUACGGGGGCCGCCUGGACCUGCGCAGCCUGCCGGUGGAGGACGUCCUGGCCGCCGCCAGCUACCUGCACAUGCACGACGUCGUCAAGGUCUGCAAGGGCCGGCUCAGGGACAGGGGCCGCGCGCCGCCCCGGGGGGCCCCCGCCGCCCGCGCCGAGCCGCCCGGCCCGCCCCUGCGCCCCCAGCCCGCCCGCUCCCCGGAGCUCUGCCCGGCCGCCCCGGCCAGGCCGCCCCGGCCUGGGGCCCGCGCCCUCCCUCCGCGAGCACCAGGGCCCCCUCCGUGGCAGGCCCCAGGAGACGCAGACCGGGCCCUGGACCUGUCCCUGAAGCCGGGCCGGCCCCCCCGUGUCCUUCAGACACCCUCGUGCGUCCAGAUGCACCAAGGCGCGCGGCCGCUGGUGCGGGACUCGCGGGACCUGCCGUCGGAGCAGGACAGCGGCGCCCGCGUCCCCGCAGCCGCGCCGUCGGCGGGCGGCCGCGAGGAGCCGGACCUGGACGCGCGGCGGGGGGCCCGCGGGGCCGCGCUGGGCGCCGGCGCGCUCCCGAGCGCGUGCCCGCUGUGCGGCAAGCCGACCCCCGGCGCCCGCGCGCUGCAGCUGCACCUGAGCGCCCACUUCCGGGAGCGCGACGGCGGCCGCGCGCGCCUCUCGCCCGACGGCCCGGCGCCCACCUGCCCGCUCUGCGGGAAGACCUUCUCGUGCGCCUACACGCUCAAGCGCCACGAGCGGACCCACUCCGGCGAGAAGCCCUACACGUGCGUGCAGUGCGGCAAGAGCUUCCAGUACGCGCACAACCUGAGCCGCCACGCGGUGGUGCACACGCGCGAGAAGCCGCACGCCUGCCGCUGGUGCGAGCGCCGCUUCACGCAGUCGGGGGACCUCUACCGCCACGUCCGAAAAUUCCACUGUGGCCUGGUCAAGUCCCUGCUGGUGUGACCUGUG